UUCCACUCUGAGGGACAGAGUAGCUGCUGAGGGACUGAGCGGCAGAGCAUGGAAAGCAAGAGCUAGCUCGGUGGAUGUAACGGAGGGUGAAAAACAGCAGAAGUGAGGAGCGAGGGAGGACAUUUGAAAUGUUUCUGCGUGAAUGAGAGACGCUGAAGUGCAACCUAUCCUACGAAAGGCCUAGAAGUGAGGAACAUAAGUCGCUCCUGCAUGCCGAUUAGUUUCCCUCAUAUGGCACAACCCAUGCAUGCAUGACUGUGGACCAGCCUCUCCUACUGUAACUACGUCCGAGAUCUAGGCAAAACAAGAGCUCUUGAAGAUUCUACACGCAGCAGGAAUGUCAUUCGCUAUGGUGCGCCCGGCCCCAAGCCGGUACCUUUACUCAGACAUCUCCAUGAUGUCCGAGGAUGACGAGAACGGCAGCGAGAGCUCGGGUUCGGAUGACCGUUCCUUCCGACUAGACGGCUCGGGCUAUGAGCUUAAAGUUGGCGGCAGGAAGCGAAAACCAGGCAGCUCUGGAGCCGGAGGACAGCUCACUGGAGUUCAGCAGAUCAUCGCAGGCAUUCCCGUCGUCGAGCCGCGCCAGAGAAAUGUGGCCAACGCGCGGGAACGUGACCGAACCAACAGUGUGAACUCAGCCUUCACGGCCCUCAGGACUCUGAUCCCCACCGAGCCGGCCGACCGCAAGCUGUCAAAGAUCGAGACCCUGCGUCUCGCUUCCAGUUACAUCUCGCACCUGGGCAACGUGCUGUUGGUGGGUGAGGCCUGCGGGGACGGACAGCCGUGCCACAGCGGCGCCCAGUCGGCAUCGUACUACCACAAUCAUGGAUCGCCUGGCAGAGAUUCGGAGAACUCGCAGCCCAAACAGAUCUGCACUUUUUGCCUCAGCAAUCAAAGGAAAAUGAGCAAAGACAGAGAGAGAAAAACAGCCCUGAGGAGUUAAUACCAACAGGAGGAAACGAUGGACUCGCAGGGUUUCGGAGAAAAUCUUGACCUGAUGAUGACCUUAAACUCGACUUUAUGAUGUACAUAUGCAAAUAAUUCAUAUUUAAUUAAUUCUAUAAAUAUUAUACAUGGACGCUGACCCUUGGGAAGAAAAACAUCUACAAUUUUACCUGGACCUUUCCAUCAGCUGGCCAUCGAAAAUACUCACAUCCACCACAGCCUCAGGAUUUUCACUCCAACGCCUCACAAACUAAAAGUUUCCAUCUUUAAGACAGAUCAAAAGCAAAAGCAUAGGACUGGACCACAACGGGCAAAACAAUCACAUACUCCUCACAGAGUAACAUCCAUCACGGAACUAAAGCGGUGCUGUUGUUCAAAUCUGAACAAAAUCAGACUCACCGAGAGCAACAAUCUAAAACACAAUAAGAAAUGGUACCCGGUUAAACUGUAACUGGGUCAAUAUGAGGACUGACUGAUGGAGCGCCUUUCACAAAUCAAAUCUGACAUCCUCAACCAUGUUUCUCACCUAUUUUGUGAAACUAAGGUGCAUAUAGUUGGCUAUUCAAAGUAUGCCAGCAAAUUAAUCAAUACAAUAUAAUGUAUAUUAAAUAUGCCAGAAUGAAUUUACUCAUAUUCAUGUUUAUUAAAUUAAAAAUGUCAAAUUAAAUCAAGUGCUGCAAUUUAA